AUGGCGAAUCCUUCGAUCGCAGAAGCACGAGAAAAACUUCAACCAGCCGUGACAUUCCUCCCGGAGGUCUAUGUGAAGGCCAACGACCUUCAGCGAAAAACGAACAUCAGGACGCUCGAACGUUUGGGAAUCAACUUCAAAAGUAGACCCAGCGCGGACCAGCAGUUUAUAGACAUAGGAUGUGGUACCGGCGACUUCACUCGCCAAGAACUCCUGCAACGCUGCCAGCCCUGUAGGAGGAUCGUGGCAACGGACAUCGGCGAAAGCAUGGUGCGCUACGCGAAAGAGAACUUUGCCCAUCCGCAGAUCGAGUACCAGGUCCAUGAUAUCUCGAUUGACGUGUCCGGACUGGUCAAAAAGUACGGCCAGUUCAACCGCGUCUAUUCUUUCUACACUUUACAUUUUGCGAAGGACUACGUGACCGCUUUCAGAAACAUAUCCGACUUGAUGACUUCCGGAGGAGAGUGCCUGCUUCUGUUUGUGGCUCGUUGGACGGGCUACGAGGUGUGGAGGACAAUCGCCCAGAUGGACCGAUGGAAAGCGUAUGAAGAGAUCUCCGAGAAGUUUAUUCCUGACAGUCAUGACCUUGAGGACAACACUAGUCUCAUCUCUUACAUGCUGGACAUUCUCGAGACUGUGAACUUGAAGCCUCAUGCAUGUAAAAUUCUAACCAAUUCUUCUCUUGUUGAAGACCUGGAGGAUACCAUUCGAAUGAAUAUCGCUGUCCAUCCGUUUUUGCCACUACUUCCGGUCGAGUCAAGAGCAAGAUACAAAGAUGAUGUUGAGAAUGUCAUUCGCUCACACUGGAAGCAAAGCAACGACGGAGAUCCACAUUAUGACGCCGAUAUGUUUGUUGUCCACGCUGAAAAAUCUUGA